AUGGAGAUCAAGCUAGAAGAGUUCCGUACUACCCUCCAGGCAGCUGUUCGCCAACAGGCCAUCCGAUAUACCGCUUCACACGCCCUGGCUAUCAGAUGGGAAGAAGACAAUACUUCUGCUCAGCAGGACACCGCACACUUCCAGUCAAUGCUGAAGACACUCCAGCUCCCUGCUGCCCAAGAGUUUGUCAUUCCCAGCACCGACCGAACACCCGGGUGGAACAUCGCGGGGGUAUUGAGAGACGUAGUGAGCAAAGCAGAGAAGUCUGCCGGGCGAUCACUCAUCAUGGUGCACUAUGCGGGGCAUGGGAAGCUGGGACCGAAUGGGAAUCUGCUGGCGGUUGAAGGCCCUUCUUCCAAUCGUAGUUUCGAUGCCCAGCGCUGUCUGGUUGACCAGGUCGAUCUUCUGGAUUCAAUGCCCAUUGACAUCUUGUUCAUCUUUGACUGUUGUUAUUCUUUUACAGCAUGUCGGGAACCGGAAUUGGCUGGUAGGAUUGUCGAAAUCAUUGGGGCCAGUGAUAAUGCAUCAUCAUCACCUUUGGCGAAUUCCCCGCCACGAAACACUCUCACGGCCAAGAUUGCAGGCGAGAUCCGCUGUCGACAAAGACAGGGCCAUCAAUAUGUCGAGUUUGCAGAUGUUGUGCAGGCGCUCCGAAGCAGGGAAAAUGCUGUGACAAAGCCGGUUCACAGGUUGAAAAUGGGGACGUCGUCCAUCUGCUUGCCUCUUGGUGGGCUCAACAUCGUUAAUCCAUUGCGUAUCCCGCCCACGCUUCGGGCCGUCUUCAGCGUGGCAAUCACCAAUGAUAUGAACCAGCAGGAGCUUGACCAGUUCACGGCUUUGCUCCGAAGCUUCCCACCAAAUGCCGCCAUUGUACUGGAAGGCGUGUAUCCGACUGGUUCAAUGUGUUUCAUCUUGAGCUCGGCCUACGCUGUUUACUCCAAGCUCUCUGGGAUGCGGGGAUACAAACUGAUCUCUGAAGUAACUGGACACAACCGCUUGAGGCAACCCGAGGCACCUGGGCUUUCUGUUUCCCCCAAGAAAGAGAAUGUGCCGCUCAGCAAGCAGCCUGGUUCCAUUCCAUCUUAUUCUGCUGAAAACUUUAUUGCUGAGGAAAUGGAUUAG